AUGACGGGUCAAGCACAGAGGGGCUUGCGUUUGAUCCCAGAGACUGAGAGGUCUGAUGAGAGCAUCGUGCAUGCGACUACCCCGAGACGUACGGAGACGCCUGCGGAUGGCCCUCCCGGAGCGGAGCGUGAGUUUGUAGAGGGCGAUGCGCGGCCUGAACCACCGCGCACUCCUCCUCGCUACGGGCCGCCCUCCCCAGCUCCUUCCUCUCCCGGCUCAGUUGAUGGUGCUCGGCGCGCUUUGCGGCUGGCACGCAUCAAGAUGGAGGCCGAGCAGAAGGAUCGGGACCGCAGUGCCGAGCUCGAACUGCAUAUACGGAGGCUUGAGAUCGAGGUUGACAAAGCUGUGCGCCUCAGACGCCUUGAGCUGGAGGCCGAAGGCCGCCUCCCCAGUCCUACUCAACGCCCGGGCGUCGCUGCACCUGCCACAGCCCUCUCCCCAGCUGUUCAUGACUCUCUUGACCCUGAUCGUCCACGCUCUCCUGGAACCUCCACAAGGGACAGAGUCUGCUUCUACUGCCGCGAGCCCGGACACGUAAUCGCAGACUGCCCUACUCUCAGACAAAAGGAAGAGUGUUCAGCUCCAAACGUUCAGAGCAUUGGGUUAAUUCAAUCUGGCCUAGUAUCACUGAAUGGCGAAGCACCAGAUCAACGCCCCAUCCGUAUCCUACGAGACACUGGCGGUUCCCAGAGCUUGAUUUUGGCCAGUGCUCUCCCGUUUUCAUACCGCUCUUACUGUGAUUACAGGAGUGUGUUACGGGGAGUUGAGAUGGGCUUCCGCCCGCGGCCCGUUCACUCUGUUCAUGUCCAGUCAAACCUCGUUACAGGAAAGUUUCCGUUAGCUGUUGUCCCUGCGCUGCCCAUUGAAAAUGUAGACAUGAUUUUAUGUAAUGAUUUGGCAGGGGGCAUGGUGUUUCCUCCCCUGUUGGAUGCGGUUCUGUCCCCGCUUGUGUGUGCCUCUGAUCGUCAGAUGCCCACGGGUUGUGCUGUGGCGCACACCCGUCCUCCAGAACAGUGCGGUUGUAGUCUGCCCGCCAGUCAAGUGAAACCACGAGUACCGCCGCACUUUACUCCACCCGCCACUUCUGUACGGAAGCACAAGGCUAGGGCCACCAGGCUUCGGUCAGGCGAGCAGCACUUUCAGCACCAUGGAGAGCGUUUUGGCUCUCGCUCUGCAAGUUUCAGGUCGCGGCCUUGA